AUGUUUGACAAAUCCAAUAUGGCUGAGAUUGAGAUAUUCAAAAAGUUGAAACUGAAGAAGACAGAAACACAAGAGAAAAAUCCACUGGCUUCAAAAGAAACAACUGAACGGUAAAAGCAAAUAGGCAAAUCAUAAUGAGCCAUGUGCAGCCAAUAUGCACUGUGCAUUCCACAAGCAUUGACUUCUUAUUUUACUUUUUUUUAGCUGCUUAACUUUGUAAGAUGUAAAGGGGUUGGAUCAAGUUUAAAUGACUGUGCUAUCCCUUUUCACAUCAAAGAAUCAA